AAGCGCCUCCGUUCCUCCUCCGCCGAUACGCACUCUUCUCGUCGGAUUUAUUCAUCGUGGUGGGAUUGUUGCUCUUCAUGUGUCUUAGACCAUUUGCUUUUGGAGCUUUGUAGUGAAAAAUAAAAACUUUGUGGUGGGAAUCGUGAGAUCUUGUGAGAUGAAGAUAUCUUUGAGCUGCAGCUAUGGGUUUGUUGAUUGAUGCUACUGCGUUUGGUAGAAAGGAGAUCGCUUUUAAUAUAACACAGCAAGAACAACACAACAUGGGUGAGACUCUCAUCACAACCCUUUCUAUGGAGAAUUAUCACCCGUCGACACUACUCUCCAUGGACUCAGAUGCUUUUACUCACGAAGAAUCAGAGAGGGAGACGAACCGGUCGCUUUUGCUUACGGGUCCCCCUGAUAUCAACCUCCCGCUCUCAUCUGAGGCGAGCCCGUCUCUGUUUCUGUGGAACGAGCACUGUGAUAUCUUAGACGUUGGCCUCGGGCCUCAGAUUUACGAGCCUGAGGCUGUUGUUCAUGUCCCCAAGGUUGCUAAGAAGCACAACAAGCGUGUAGAUAGUGCUUGGGGUGCUUGGCUUUUCUUUAGCUUCUACUUCAAGCCAGUUUUGGAUGACAAGUCUAAGAACAAGUUGAUGAGGGACAGCAAUGGGUUGUCUGGGUAUGAUAAAUCUGAUUUGCAGCUUGACUCCUUCAUGGUUCAGCAUGAUAUGGAGAAUAUGUACAUGUGGGUGUUCAAGGAGAAGCCUGAGAAUGCGCUGGGGAAGAUGCAGCUAAGGAGUUACAUGAACGGCCACUCGCGCGAGGGUGAGCGUCCUUUUCCUUUUAGUGUGGACAAAGGUUUCGUACGCUCUCAUAGGAUGCAGAGGAAACAUUACCGUGGUCUUUCUAACCCACAGUGUCUCCAUGGAAUCGAAGUUGUUCAGUCGCCAAACCUCUCUGUGCUUAACGAGGAUGAGAAGAAGAAGUGGACGGAACUCACAGGUCGAGAUGUGAACUUUGCUAUUCCCCUUGAAGCAAUUGAUUACGGUUCGUGGCGGAACCUCCCUACCACGGAACUGGAGGCUGAGCGACCUAUUACUCAGGCUAAAGCAAACGGGCACACCCACCUUAAAAAGCUCAACGGUACCUUUAUGACUCUGUCAACACAUUCACCAAACCAUGGAGCUGACUCAGUGGAAGCACAAAUCGCUUGCAACAACAAACGCAAAAGGGAUUGUCUCGCUCUAGGAAACUGCGAUGACACAAGCUCAAGUGAGAAAUCUCUGGACAUGAAAAUCAACACAACAGAGCUGCUGCCAUGGUCAAAUGAUUUCGCUGGGGUGAUGAAGGAUGUGUAUGGGCCAGUCACAGCUGCGAAGACUAUAUACGAAGAUGACAAAGGGUAUUUGAUAAUCGUCAGCCUGCCACUAGUUGAUCCGGAAAGGGUUAAAGUGACAUGGAGGAACACACCAACUCACGGAAUUGUGAAGAUAUCAUGUACAAGUACAGCAUGUGAGCCAUUCAUCAAGAGACAUGACAGGACAUUUAAGCUAACAGAUCCGACACCAGAGCACUGCCCACCAGGAGAGUUCGUCAGGGAAGUCUCCCUGCCAAACCGGAUUCCAGACGACGCCAAGCUCGAAGCUUACAGGGAUGAGACAGGAACAACGCUAGAGGUUUUAGUACCUAAACACCGUGUGGGACCAGAGGAGCAUGAGGUCCGCGUCUGUCUCCGUCCCUUUAUGCUAGAGUGAGAAUGUGUCGUGUAACUUGUUAAAGGAUUUUAUUGAUUCAUGUAAUCAUUGGAUUAUUCAUAUUUAAUCAUAUUUCCCAUUGCUUA